CAUCUGCCCCCCCAAAUCCUCCGAUCCCAACUUUGUACUCUCAACCUAUCCAUCUCUAUCUCCACCGUCCUCCGCCGUACACAGGCGGCGAUCUACCGGAUCUCUGGUCGGUUAUCCGACUAAUCUAUCCUUAUUUCAUAUCCUUCCCUCUCCUCUCCUCUCUCUAUCUCUAUUUUCUAUUCAGAAACAACACAAAAAACAAGCAUAAACAAAAAAUCGAUAAUUUCUAGGGUUUCUGCGGUUUGCUUUGUUCGGAGUCGAAAUUUUUUCUGAUUUGCAGGCUAUCUAUCUAUCUAGGUUUGGAUUUAUAUCAAUAAGGGGAGAGGGAAGUUAAAAAAGCCAAAAAAAUCAGAAAUUUAUUUGGGGAAAAGAGGUUAUCAUUCCCUAGGGUUUUGAGAUGGCGGCUCAGGUUCAAGUUCAACCUCAGGCAGUGAGUGCUGGUGUCGGUGCUGCCGCUCCUGGCGGCGCUCAGCAGUUUGUGCCGACUUCAUUGGAUUUGUCGACCCGACGGUCGCUUGGUUAUGGUUAUGUCAACUACGCAAAUCCUCAAGAUGCUGCAAGGGCAAUGGAGGUGCUGAACUUCACACCUCUGAAUGGCAAGGCGAUCAGAAUAAUGUAUUCUCAUCGAGAUCCUAGCGUCCGCAAAAGUGGCUCCGGAAAUAUAUUUAUCAAGAAUUUGGAUAAGGCAAUCGACCAGAAGGCACUGCAUGACACCUUCUCUACUUUUGGGAACAUUCUCUCUUGCAAGAUAGCUACGGAUUCAACUGGUCAAUCAAAGGGCUAUGGUUUUGUGCAGUAUGACAGUGAGGACGCUGCACAAAAAGCUAUUGAGAAGUUGAAUGGCAUGCUCCUGAAUGACAAACAAGUGUAUGUGGGACCCUUUUUGCGCAAGCAAGAAAGAGAAAUGGCCGUGGACAAGACAAAAUUUACUAAUGUAUAUGUCAAAAAUCUAUCUGAAUCGACAACAGAUGAGGAGUUGAAUAAGGUAUUUAGUGAGUAUGGAACUGUCACAAGUGCUGUUGUGAUGAGGGAUGCUGAUGGAAACUCCAAAUGCUUUGGAUUUGUUAACUUCGAGAAUGCCGAGGAUGCUGCUAAAGCAGUUGAUGCUCUUAAUGGUCAGAAGUUUGAUAAUAAGGAGUGGUAUGUAGGAAAAGCCCAGAAAAAACAUGAGAGGGAACAGGAACUAAAACAACGAUUUGAGCAGGCUAUGAAGGAGGCAGUGGACAAAUCACAAGGGCUAAACCUGUACAUAAAAAAUUUAGAUGAUACAAUUGACGAUGAAAACCUGAAGGAACUGUUUGCCCCUUAUGGUACUAUAACUUCAUUCAAGGUUAUGCGGGAUCCUAAUGGAACAAGCAAAGGAUCUGGUUUUGUUGCAUUUUCAACUUCUGAGGAAGCUUCUAGAGCACUUUUUGAGAUGAACGGGAAGAUGGUUGCUAGCAAGCCUCUUUAUGUUGCACUUGCACAACGCAAGGAAGAUAGAAGGGCAAGGUUGCAGGCACAGUUCUCACAGAUGCGGCCAAUUGCUAUGGCACCUACUGUAGCACCUCGUAUGCCGAUGUACCCCCCUGGUGGUCCAGGUCUAGGGCAACAAAUAUUCUAUGGUCAAGCUCAGCCUACAUUCAUUCCUCCCCAACCUGGUUUUGGGUAUCAGCAGCAACUUGUACCAGGUAUGAGGCCAGGUGGGGGUCCAAUGCCAAACUUCUUUAUGCCAAUGGUUCAGCAAGGUCAGCAAGGACAGCGCCCUGGUGGCAGACGUGCUGCGGGUCCUGGGCAACAGAACCAGCAGCCAGUUCCCCUUAUGCAGCAACAGAUGCUUCCACGUGGAAGGGUGUAUCGUUACCCCCCUGGUCGUAACGUCCCUGAUGGUUCGAUGACUGGUCUUGGAGGUGGAGGCAUGGUUUCUGUUCCAUAUGAUAUGGGUGGAGGCAUGGCAUUGCGUGAGGCUGGAAUCUCGCAACCAAUCCCGAUCGGUGCUUUAGCUUCUGCACUUGCAAAUGCUUCUCCAACAGAACAGAGGACGAUGUUGGGAGAGAAUCUGUACCCACUAGUGGAACAGGUGGAACCUGAAGCAGCAGCAAAGGUAACCGGGAUGCUUUUGGAGAUGGACCAGACGGAGGUUCUGCACUUGCUGGAGUCCCCUGAAGCUCUGAAAGCAAAGGUUGCAGAGGCUAUGGAGGUGUUGAGGAAUGUGUCUCAGCAGCAGCAGCAGCAGGCAGCAGGUGGUGCGGCUAACCAGUUGGCUGCUUUGUCUCUGAACGAUGGUAUUGUUUCCUAA